UUGCUGGGCAGUAUUUAAUUACUGGCUGCAUACACUUUGCAUUCCGUGUGCUUACAGAGCAGAGUGCAAGCCAUUCAAGCAAGCUAGCCAAGUUAGUUAGCAGCCGGCCAUGAACACCAUGAACUGGUUGCUGUCGUCUCUGUGUUUCCUCGGUCUGCUGAGUUCCUUGUCAGCUCAAAAGACAGACCCAUGUCCAGAGCUAGAGAAUGACAUCAGGUUGCCAGUGGUGAGAGAAAACUCAACUUGUGGUUUCAAAAGUGGAAGGAUUGAAAUUUGCAAUGGUGGAGUUUGGAAAACAAUUUGUGAUAGUAACUGGACCAGAAAUGAUGCAGCUGUGGCUUGCAGACAGCUAGGAUACAGUGCUAUAAGGGCAGAUGUGUCACCGGUAACCCUAACUACCUCGAACCUUGCACCUACGGUACCAGAAUGUGAGGGGACAGAGAUGAACAUUUCAAGUUGCCGUUCUAUCGACAGUACUACAGUCUCUGGUUGCAAUAAGAAAUCUGGUGUUACUUGCUUUUUGAAUGACUCUGCACCUGACAUCUGCUUCAGUGUUCCAACCACUCCUCCUACUAACACUGGGACAGAUGAUACGGUACAAACAAACUUAAAUCCAACUCAAGAUCCAACCACCUCACCAAUCACCACCGAAACAACCGCUGGAACUACCACCAACGCAAGUUUCCUAACAUCUCCUCUUGGAAUUGGUGUCAUUGUUGUAAUUGUGGUCGUCAUUAUCUUCGUUGUGGUGCUAUUUAUUGUGAUAAUUGUGGUGGUAUGUAAAAAGUCUCCGAGCAGUAAAUUGGAACAGUCGAGAGUUUCGCCACAAAACGUCUAUCUUGAGGAUCUAAAAAUGGACUCGGAUAAGUUUAACAACAGCCCCAACCAAAGGAGGCGAACCAGCGGGGAAAUUACCAUAUCAGAACAUCACCUCUUAGAACAAAGUCCUCUGUACGAGCAAGUCAAAGAUGUUGCCCCUCCAAGCAUUUCGUCACAUGACAGUGGUCGAUCAACAGAUGCAUCAGAAAACAAUGCACCUCCCACCAUGUACUCCACCCUGGAGCGAGAUCCAAAAUUGCCACCGCCUACCUAUGCAACUCUGGAGCAAGCCGAUUAUGCCCAAGUAGAACCGUACUUUAAUGGGUCACUAACGAGGGGGGCUGCCCUCACUAGCCCUGUCAAUGAAGAUCUCUACCACACACUGGAUCGAACCACUUCACAGAGCAGCUACACUCGGGACCAAUAUCGAACAUCUUCCAUGUCUUCGUCUCCAAAAGCCCGAGGGAGCAAGCCAAACUCAAGUCCAAAACAGACCCCCAGAACUGUGCUGCCUUCAAUUACAGAUUCUGAGGAAAUUCCCACGUAUGCUAUCUUGGAGGAGGCUGUUGAUGAGGCUGCUUCGAUGGUGUCCACAAGUGCUGUAGUAUCUCAAAGACUGUCUCCUCACCACUCCCCCUCUACCAUCAGACAGUCCCCUCAUCAGUCCCCUUCUAUCAUCAGACAAUCCCCUCGUCAGUCCCCCUCUGCCAUUAGACUGUCCCCUCAUCACAGACCCUCUCCAGAACAUUCACAUUUGCAGCACACACAAUCAUACGCUGCAAGACCAGCUACCCACGAGCACACAAUGCCAACCAAUAAACAAAAGUCAAACACGUUACCACAUUCUGGAAGAUCUGCACCACUGAGUGUGCCACCUUCGAGGCACAGACACUCUGGCUACAUCGAGGAACAACAUUCUAACGGUGUGAAUACUUCCAUGAACGGCAGAUUAAAUGCCUUCACACAGGACCCUGUCACCAGCUGGGUGUAGUAAUCAUACACCGGUAUCUUCUGUGUGUAUGUGAGUCACCUGUUCAUGUUUACACAGCAUCUACUGUUUGUCACAUUGGUAGAGCGUAUAUGGUAGCCUCUAAUGCCUAAUUGCAUUACCUUAAAUAUGUGGUUGAGCUGUACUAAGUCAAAAAUGCACAUUAGGAACAAACUGUUAAUACUCCCCCUUAUUUGUGGCUGGCUUGUGGCAUUGUAUCUGCAUUUCAAAUUUAUAUGCUCAUUAAUUUUCUGUUCAUUUGCUAUCAUUCAACCCCUAUUACUCUCACUGAGACAAUCAUGCACAAUCAACCAUGUUUCUCUGCAAUCACAUGUCAAUUAUUAUUGUAUGUACGUUUUGUGAAAUGAGUGUGUUUUGAAAGACAUUAAUCGA